CUGAGGUGAGAGGAGCAGGAGCGGCGGCGACGCAGGACUUUCGAGGAAGUCCGGAAUAAACGCCCCAGUUCGUAGCUCUGCCAAUCCUGACGGCGCGUUUCGGCCCCUCUCGCGCCACACGCGCCCUCUUCUUGGUUUUUUCCUGCCUGAGCUCUUCUGAGGAUGAGGAGGGGGAAGGGAGGAGGAGAGAGAGGCGCUCCCGCUCUGGCCGCCGCUGAGCCAUCUCUGGUGUGAAGGAAAGGCGGGCGGAGGAGCCUUCGAAGAACCCGAAGCGGCAGAAGCGGCGGCGAUCUCCCGCCAGAUAACUGCUGGAUAGUGAUGAGCGGUUGUCUACAGGCAACAAGAUGUGAUUGCCACCACAGAUGGUUCUGAAGAGAAAAGAUGUUUGAAAGGACAGUCUUUUAAUAGUUCCUGUGUGGGGAUCAAAGUAGAAAAUUAUGAUAGCUACCGGGGGAGUCAUAACAGGACUGGCUGCCUUAAAAAGGCAAGAUUCUGCCAGAUCCCAGCAUCACCUCAAUCUCGCAACAUCACCAGCUCCUGAAGAACAGAAACCAGUUAAGCGUCGACCGAGGACAGAUGUGGUUGUAGUCCGAGGCAAAAUCCGGCUGUAUUCCCCAUCGGGAUUCUUCCUUGUCCUGGGAGUGCUGAUUUCUUUCUUGGGAAUUGCUAUGGCCAUUCUUGGUUACUGGCCUCAAAAAGACCCAUUCCUAGAGCCUGAAGACAGCUUGUUGCUAAACGAGACUCAGGUAGUAGGAAAAGGAGAUGGGUUUAUAAUGCGCUUCCUUGAGCAGCAUUUACAUUCUGAUAAAAUGAAAAUGCUGGGGCCUUUCACUAUGGGGAUUGGAAUAUUUAUUUUUAUUUGUGCAAAUGCCAUGCUGCAUGAAAACCGGGACAAGGAGACAAAAAUCAUACACAUGAGGGACAUCUAUUCCACUGUAAUUGACGUACAUACUCUGAGAAUCAGUGAGCAAAAGCAGCUGAAUGGGGCCUACACAGGCUCAGCAGGAGAGAAUGAUAUCAAGCAUGGUGGAAACUCUUGUGCAUCACGUCUGGCUGCAAAUACAAUUGCUCCUUUCUCAGGCUUUGCAAGCAACUUUCAAAUGGUUAACAAUGAUGAAGAGGAUGAAGUUGCUAAAAAUGAGGCCAAGAAAUCAUCCACAAAUCUUACGUCACCUUUGCUGAUGGAACGCUCUGGUUCAGUCUUUGGCCUUUACCCUCACUCUGGAAAAGCAAAGGAUGAAAGAAGCAGUGGCUCUCUAAAGUGUGAAACAAAAUCAAUUGUGUCAUCUUCCAUUAAUGCUUUCACGUUACCUGUAAUUAAACUAAAUAACUGUGUUAUUGAUGAGCCAAUUAUUGACAAUAUCACUGAGGAUUCAUCAAGGAGUAGAGACAGACCUAGAAAUUUGUCCAUGGACUCUUUAGCUCUUCCAUUAAUGAAUACCAGUGAUAGCUACAAACCUGCCAAUGCUUUGAUGCCACGCAACAAUUUAUAUGGAGACUCUUCAUUCAAUCAGUUCAAAUCUUCAAUGACUCUUGGAGCCAGCACUGGACAGCUCUUAUCACCUGGUGCAGCCAGAAAACAGUUUGGGUCCAACACUUCUUUGCAUCUGUUGUCUGUACAUUCAAAAUCCCUAGAUUUAGAUAGGGGUCCUUCUACUCUCACUGUCCAAGUUGAACAAAGAAAACAUCCAAGUUGGCCACGACUGGACCGGAAUAACAGUAAAGGUUAUAUGAAACUAGAAAACAAGGAAGACCCUAUGGACAGGCUUCUCGUACCAUCAGCUCCAGCAAAGAAGGACUUUACUAAUAAAGAAAAGCUUUUGAUGAUUUCCAGAUCUCACAAUAAUUUGAGUUUUGAGCAUGAUGAAUUUUUGAGUAACAAUUUAAAGCGUGGAACUUCAGAAACAAGAUUUUGAUGGUUAGACAACCACAGUUAAUAUAUUUGCCAGUAUUUAUUUUAUAAAAUAAACGUUCUGACCCACCCUUUCAUUUAUUUUUCAGUGCAACCUUGUUAUUAUUGAAUAUUUCUCUCUGGUUAAAAUUGCCUUGUGUUUGCAAAUAUUUUUUCAUCACUGCAAUGCCAAAAGUUUAAUAUUAAGCAGCUUGUUCAUGAAAACAUGGCCCUGGCAUAAUGUUAUUUGGAUAGUGAUUGCAUUAGGUGGCAAGUGUAUGGUAGAUCAAGAAUUGAUAAUGUCUUAAUUUACAGCUACUAUACCAUACACUAUCAUUGUUCAGCAUAUCUGAGUGACCCAAAUCCAAAUUGCUUCCAAGUAAUUUCUCCUUUGUUUCUACAUAAGG